UGUAAAACAGUUUAACACAAUACCACCAGAUCUCGGCACGAAUCAUAAAAAUAAUACCAAAACAUUUGCGUUCCUCUUAACAGAGUUGACCUUCAUGUCCGUGGUCUGAUCUCACUGCGCUUGAUGAACUGAAACUUCCUGGUUGUUACACAGGCGCGGCAAAAUGACGGCAGCAGUCUGCGCAAAGUUUCUAAGGGCUGGCAUUGUCAAUUUACAGAGGAAAAUAAACUGAUGCUGUCGAAAGCUAGCUGUUUUAGCCUCGCAUUAAAUUACAUAUAUAUUAUUUCGUGCUAUUUUGCAAUUUGGCCUUCUACAAACUUCUGUGUCUUGAUUUAAAAAGUCAGGUGUUUUCUGAAAGACUUUGCUUGAUCUUGUGUCUCAGAUUUGUAACAAUAAGAAUUGGAGAUUGAUUAACCACCUCAGGGAGCUGCCUUAAUACAUAGACCCUUGUAUUCUUGAAAAUGCUAUGAUAUGGAGCCAAACCUGGAUCCCAGUAAAGACGACCUUCCUCUCAGGGCCAACACCAACCACAUGCUCGUAAAGCAUUACGUUUUGGACUUGGCUGUGCAUUUUCAAAGAAAGGUCAUUAGUGGCAACAUUGUUCUUUUCUUUGAAUCCAGGAAAGAUGGUCAUAAAUUAUGUAACCCUGCAGGAAGAGAACCCUGUGUGCAGACAGUGUCAUGUUUUCCAGUGACGACUACUUAUUCACCUCCAUCUGACGCGAAUAAUGCUGGUGCCUGUGGAAGUGGCGGAAAAGAUACUGAUAAAAACUGUAACCAUGGCAACAUGGAAACAACUUCAAGGAUUUUCAGUUCAAAGAAGGACUGCAGAGACACAGCUGAACCUGGGAAUGAGGAUUUUGUGCUGGUGUUGGACUGCUGUGAUCUUUCUGUGUUAAAGGUCGAAGAGGUUGAUGCUACUGUCGUGCCAGGUAUCUGGGAACUAGAUGGGCAGUGCACAGAAGAUGGCCUUUCCCAAGAGCGAAGCAACCGCCAACAGAGACAUGCUUUGCACAAACUUGAGACUUUACCUGCAAGGAGCUGGCGGGAGCAGCAUGACUUGUUUUUGCAGUGCAGCCAAGUACCAGGAUGUGGAGAGCUUCCUUUUGAAAUGGACUCCUGGAGUCUGCAAAUCAGAAAACCGGGAAUUAAGAGGGCGAGGUAUUUCCCACAUUUAGUUAGGAUCUGGUAUGAAACUAAACCUGAUGGUGCUUCAGUCAGGUGGACGAAGGACCAAAGUACCAGACCAUGUGUGUAUACUAUGGGGUCUCCUAUAAACAACAGAGCCCUCUUUCCAUGCCAGGAGCCCCCAGUUGCCAUGUCAACCUGGCAGGCAAACAUCCAGGCACCAGCGGAGUGCUUGGUUCUCCUGAGUGGUGAAAACACUGCUGAACCUGUCCAGAUUAAAGAAGGUGUUUCAAGCUGGUUCUAUUAUGUCACUAUGCCAAUGCCUGCAUCCACUUUCACCAUUGCGGUGGGGCAUUGGAUAGAAGCUAAAUUGGAAGACAGUUUUACAUCUCAGGAGGACAGCUUGCUAACAUCUUCAGCAGAAGAGACAUGCAGCUCCUCACAGCUGCCCUGCAGUCACAUGGAUUACCCGUGUCGUUUCCAGAAGCCAGCUGCCCAGGUGCAGGCUGUGAUUCCUCACCGAGUCUUCGCUCCGCACUGUCUCAAGGAGAAGUCUCAGGAGAUCCUGCUCCCACUGCUCCCUCACUGCCUCACAGCAGCACACUCUGUGCUGGGUACUCAUCCUUUCCCCAGACUCGAUGUACUGCUUGUCCCAGCUGGAUUUUCUAGUCUUGGAAUGGCAAGCCCACACAUCAUGUUCCUGUCUCAGAGUGUACUGGCUGGGAAGAAGCACCUCUGUGGGGCGCGAUUGUGCCAUGAAAUCGCCCACGCCUGGUUUGGACUGGCCAUAGGUGCCCAGGACUGGACAGAGGAGUGGAUCAGUGAGGGCUUUGCUACGUUCUUUGAAGAUGUGUUUUGGAGCAAUGCACAAAAGCUUCCACAGAAGGAGGCAACGGAACAGUAUGAACUGAAGGCCUUGCUCCGCUGGAGGCGUCUCAGGGAAGAACUUCAGAACUCAGAAGAAGAGCUGCAAGUGUUGAGAAGAUGGACAGCCUUACACGUUUUUGAUUCAUCAGUGCCAGGGCUAUACAAGCCUAACAGAGAGCAAACUGGUGAAGUCAGUCCCUCAGGAGCAUCCCUUGUCAAACAUGGCCUCAACCCCAGCAAAAUCUUCAUGCAGGUUCAUUACUUAAAGGGCUAUUUUCUUCUUCGUUUUCUAUCCAGUAAAAUAGGAGAAGGGCAUUAUCUAAAAUUCUUCCGGCUGUUUGUGCAAAAAACUCACGGUCAACUCAUUCUUUCUCAGGAUUUUCUACACAUGCUGCUGGAGAAGUUCCCAGAAAUAAAGAGACAAGGCCUUACGCUUGACAUGAUUUAUGAAGACUGGCUGGACAGUCCUGGGAUGCCAAAGCCCUUGUUGGAGGAGAGCGACGCUUGGCUUGAAAAUCAGUUGGUUCAAGAAGUAAAACGAGAGGUUGCAAAAUGGAUUCAGUUCAAUCAGAAGAACCGAAAGGGCACCAAACGAAAAAGGAGAGCGGAGGAGCAGGUGAUCUUCAAAGAGGUUCUCCCAGACCAGCUGGUCCUGCUUCUGGAGUUCCUAUUGGAGGAGGAGUCUCUCAGUGUGGGGACACUGCGGUGGCUGGAAGGAAGAUACUGCCUCUGUGAGCAGGAUGCUGAGGUGCGACAUCGUUGGUGUGAGCUGAUUGUCAAACACAAACACACUGCUGCAUAUAAAGAUGUGGAGCAGUUUCUGAAGAAAGACCAGGCAAUGGGCGUCUACCUGUAUGGAGAGCUGAUGGUUCACGAGGAUGCCAGGCAGCAGGGGCUGGCCAAAAGCUGCUUUAGAUCUGUUCACGAAGAAAUGGACCCGACCUCUAAGAAAGUGGUGGAGGAAAUGAUCUUAUAAACGUAUAGAGUAAAUCCUGGAAGUGCCUGGAUUUCAUUGACUGGGACAUCAAAGCAAAACAUGUGAGGCUGCUAAAACAAUUACUGGACAGAUCAUUCCUUCAUAUGUGCUCGUUCUCCAGAGCCUCGGUCUUAAAGGCAGAACCUAAAGGAAGGACCACAAGAUGAGCCACUCAGCAUUCAGCCUUAGAGCCGCAGCAGGACACUAGCUGUCAUUUAUUUGGUAGGAAGAUUUAUGUCAACUUUGAAAUGUAUUUAUUUGUAAUUCAUACUGAAAACUGAUUAAAGAGUUGUAUUAGGACAAAUUGUUUUAUGGAAUGGACUGACAUAAUGCUGCUGGAAUUAUCCAAACAGCCUUGGAAAUGACUUAAAAUAUGAUUUAUUUACUUAAGAUGAUAUAUAUAUAUAUAUAUAUAUAUAUAUAAAGCAAAUAGUAUAUGUUUUUGUAUUUUAGUUUUUUUUUUUAGAUGUGUAGUGUUCCUGGUUAUCAAACAAUCACUAUUAAAAUGUUUGCAAAUGUUUAACAAUGAAUUCUGUGUGGUCCAUAUUGAGUCUUGUAAAUGUUAAUUCAGAUUAACUGUGUUAUUUACUCCAGCCACUGGAGUACGAAGUCAAAAACUGGGUGGCUACUGGGAGACCAUAUAUAUAUAUAUAUAUAUAUAUAUAUAUAUAUAUAUAUAUUGUAAUAUGGUGCGGGGUAGGGAAACUUGUUGAUUGCAAUAGACAGGUGGUAAGAUGCAAAACACCAGACACGGAGAGAUCGUAUAUAUUAAAC